AUGGCCAGCACGUUGAGCCCCAGCACUGGCACCCCAAGCCCUCCUGAGAUGUCAGAGCGCAUCCGAAAUGCUGCUGACAUCUCUGUCAUCACUGUUUAUUUCGUGGUGGUGAUGGCUGUCGGGCUGUGGGCCAUGCUGAAGACCAACCGGGGCACUGUUGGAGGCUUCUUCCUGGCUGGUCGAGAUGUGGCGUGGUGGCCGAUGGGUGCCUCUCUCUUCGCCAGUAACAUCGGCAGUGGCCACUUUGUGGGGCUGGCGGGGACCGGAGCGGCUUCAGGAAUCGCCACUGCAGCAUUUGAAUGGAAUGCCCUGCUGCUGUUGCUGGUUCUAGGAUGGUUCUUUGUCCCCAUAUACAUCAAGGCAGGGGUGAUGACCAUGCCGGAAUAUCUGAGGAAGCGGUUUGGUGGGAAGCGACUCCAGAUCUACCUGUCCAUCCUCUCCCUCUUCAUCUGUGUGGCUUUGAGAAUCUCAAUGGAUAUAUUUUCUGGAGCCAUAUUCAUCAAGUUGGCCCUGGGAUUGGACCUUUACCUGGCGAUCUUCAUCCUCUUGGCUAUCACUUCUAUCUACACAAUUACCGGGGGCUUGGCCUCGGUUAUUUACACAGAUACCUUACAGACCAUCAUCAUGCUGAUAGGCUCUUUUAUUCUCAUGGGAUUUGCGUUUGCCGAAGUCGGAGGCUACGAGAGUUUUACAGAGAAAUAUAUGAAUGCCAUCCCAUCCACAGUCGAGGGAGACAACCUGACAAUUAGCCCCAAGUGUUACACUCCUCAGGCAGACUCAUUCCACAUUUUUCGAGAUGCUGUCACCGGGGAUAUUCCAUGGCCAGGAAUGAUAGUUGGAAUGACCAUCGUAGCUGCGUGGUACUGGUGCACAGAUCAGGUCAUUGUGCAACGCUGCCUAUCAGGCAAAGACAUGUCUCAUGUGAAGGCUGCCUGCAUCAUGUGUGGGUAUCUGAAGCUGCUGCCCAUGUUCCUCAUGGUAAUGCCAGGAAUGAUCAGCCGUAUCCUGUACACAGAGGAGGUGGCCUGUGUCGUCCCUUCUGAAUGUGUGAAACACUGUGGCACUGAAGUUGGCUGCACAAACUAUGCUUACCCAAUGCUGGUGAUGAACCUGAUGCCUGAUGGACUGCGAGGUCUAAUGCUGUCAGUCAUGUUGGCCUCCCUCAUGAGCUCCCUGACCUCCAUUUUCAACAGCGCCAGCACCCUCUUCACCAUGGACCUCUACACCAAGAUUAGGAAGCAGGCAUCAGAGAGAGAGCUCCUUAUAGCUGGACGGCUAUUUAUCAUUCUAUUAAUUGUCAUCAGCAUUUUGUGGGUACCAUUAGUACAGGUCUCUCAAAAUGGACAACUGUUCCAUUACAUGGAAUCAAUUUCUAGCUACCUGGGGCCUCCAAUUGCAGCUGUCUUCCUGCUUGCCAUCUUCUGUAAAAGAGUCAAUGAACAGGGAGCCUUCUGGGGUCUCAUCAUUGGACUGGUGAUGGGCCUCAUUCGUAUGAUUGCAGAGUUUACCUAUGGAACAGGGAGUUGCUUGGCUGCCAGUGACUGUCCCAAAAUUAUCUGUGGAGUGCACUAUCUGUACUUUGCCAUGAUUCUCUUUCUUGUUUGCUUACUGGUCAUCCUGGGAAUUUCCCUGUUAACAGAACCCAUUCCUGAUAUACAUCUGUAUCGCCUGUGCUGGACUCUUCGGAACAGUACAGAGGAACGAAUUGAUUUAGAUGCAGAAGAGAAAAGACAUGAAGAAGCUGAUGAUGGUAUUGAUGAAGAUAAUCCUGAGGAAACUCGUGGAUGUCUCAAGAAGGCUUAUGACUUAUUCUGUGGUUUGCAGAAGAAAGGCCCCAAGCUGAGCAAAGAGGAGGAAGAAGCCCUGAAGAAGAAGCUGACAGACACAUCUGAGAAGCCAUUAUGGAGGACUGUAGUGAACAUCAAUGCCAUCCUUCUCCUGACAGUGGCAGUUUUUGUCCACGGCUAUUUUGCCUGA